AAAUCGUCGAAGGAACACAUGAGGACCUCCGUGAUGGCAAAUUUCUCCCCAGAGCCAGAUCUGAGGCGUCACCCGCCACCGCACCCGUGUCGUCCACCUCCUCGCGUUAGCGACGCCUUCUGGAAGCUUCGGGAGGCCGCGCUGCGCUCCGGCGGGCGGGCGGGAUGGGGGUGUUCGAUCGGCUGCCCCCGAUGGACCACAUGCGUUCCGAGAAGAUGUGCUUCGUGCAGCUCAUCAUGCCCGCCGACAGCUCGCGCCUCGCCGUCACUUACCUCGGCGAGCUCGGCCUACUCCAGUUCAAGGACAGAUUUCAAGGUCACACCUAUCGCUUCCUAGGGACAUCUGAAAUGGAUCCAGAUUCUGAACCUGAUUCCAACCGAACACGUCAUGAUGAUUUCAAUUUCAGCGAAGUUUUUGUGUAUCAAAUGAUACAUUCCAUUGAAUUUGUACUUGGUGUGGUUUCAAAUACUGCAUCUUAUCUUCGCCUUUGGGCUCUGAGGUUUGCCUCUUGUGUAUUGUGAUGUUAUGCUGGUUGUUGCAUGUUUUUAACUUUCCCCGUUUCAACUCCUCACUUCUGUGUAUUAAUUGUUGGUUUGAGUUUGGCGCAUUCAGAGCUGUCAACAGUUUUC